UGCCAGGCACUGGAGGCUCUGCCUGACGCGGGCUUCAAAUGUACCCAUUUCCACUAGGUUGGCAGGUUGUCUUAAAGAGAUCAGCCCUCCAACCUGGGUCUUUUUCGUGUCCUGCCCAAGGGCAUUUUGCUUCCCUUCUCGUCGCCAGUGCACCCUCCCACCGUCACCCCCCUUUGGGGACCCUUGUGGGAGGACAGCUGCUGGGAACAGUUUGUCUCUGCCACUGGAGGAGGGUUGGGGAAAUGGCAGGAGGAGGAAACCCUUCCUCCCCACCCCCACUCCCUCAGCCUACAGCGGACACAUACCUUUCUGAUUAAGUUCCUAGUUUUGGCAGCACACCAGGCCCAGCUGCUGAAGGAACUCCUCAUGCCUGGGAAGGGCCCUUGGUGACCCCAACGACAGUAGCUCAGUUUGACACGAGCUUCCUAUGAGGGGUUAACCAUCCAUGGUAAUAUGGAGGUCCCUGUCCUAGACCCCACCCCAUCUUGCAUAGGGGAACUAAUCCACUCUAAAAGCCUAAAAGCUUUUCUGCUUGGAAGUACCCAUGCCAGCUUUCAAUGGACCGUCUGGGGCUGGCUGAGCUAUUAAUAGCUCUGAGUAUUUUGAGAUCCCUCUCCCCAUCUUAAAGAGCACAGAGAUUCUUAGAGAGGUGGCAGUAAUCAGAGCAGAGCCAGAGGUACCAGGGAGCCCAGCAGCCUGGGAAGGGGGCUUGGAGCUUGUGCCAGGCCACGGGUAGGGUAGAGCAUCCAUGAGUAAGGAAUGAUCACGCUGAGCCUUUGAUCAGCAGAUUCUGAGCUGGCAAUCAGGUUGGAGUGGCCCCACCCUUUGCUUUUGGAGAACUCAGGGCCAGGGCUAGCUCCUUGACCUCGGCAGCUCCUCUGGGGCAGGGCCAGCCACCUGAGCUGUGGGGGGCGGGGGUGGGGUGGGAGGAGCCACCCGGGUGACACUUGGAGGCAAGUGCUGGUCCCGGGCAGAGUCCUGGUGAGCCAGGCAAAGGCCUCUGUGGCCCUGAUUUGUGUGCAGGUAGCAGAGGCAGCAGGCCGUGCCGGGGGGGCAUGUUGCUGUAACCAGUGGCCCAGGGGAUGUUACGGUGGACAGUGCACCUGGAGGGCGGGCCCCGCAGGGUGAACCAUGCUGCAGUGGCUGUUGGGCACCGGGUAUUCUCCUUCGGGGGUUACUGCUCUGGUGAAGACUACGAAACACUGCGUCAGAUUGAUGUGCACAUUUUCAACGCAGUGUCCUUGCGCUGGACAAAGCUGCCCCUGGUGAGACCCACCGUCCGCGGGCAGCCUCCUGUGGUGCCAUACAUGCGGUAUGGGCACUCCACCGUCCUCAUCGAUGACACGGUCUUCCUUUGGGGCGGGCGGAAUGACACGGAAGGAGCCUGCAAUGUGCUCUACGCCUUUGACGUCAAUACUCACAAGUGGUCCACGCCCCGAGUGUUAGGAACAGUUCCUGGGGCCCGGGACGGACAUUCGGCUUGUGUCUUGGGCAAGACCAUGUACAUUUUUGGGGGCUACGAGCAACUGGCGGACUGCUUUUCCAACGAUAUUCACAAGCUGGAUACCAGCACCAUGACGUGGACCCUUAUCUGUACAAAGGGCAAUCCUGCACGCUGGAGGGACUUCCACUCAGCCACAAUGCUGGGCAGUCACAUGUAUGUUUUUGGGGGUCGCGCUGACCGAUUUGGGCCGUUCCAUUCCAACAAUGAGAUUUACUGCAACCGCAUCCGAGUCUUUGACACCAGGACUGAGGCCUGGCUGGACUGUCCAGCCACUCCGGUGCUGCCCGAGGGGCGCCGGAGCCACUCGGCCUUUGGCUACAACGGGGAGCUGUACAUUUUUGGUGGCUAUAAUGCAAGGCUGAACCGGCACUUCCAUGACCUGUGGAAAUUUAACCCUGUGUCCUUUACCUGGAAAAAGAUUGAACCGAAGGGAAAGGGGCCAUGUCCGCGCCGGCGCCAGUGCUGCUGUAUUGUUGGUGACAAAAUUGUCCUCUUUGGGGGUACCAGUCCGUCUCCUGAGGAAGGCCUGGGAGAUGAGUUUGACCUCAUAGAUCAUUCUGAUUUACACAUUUUGGACUUCAACACAUCUAACAUGUCAUUUGAGGAGCUGUUGGAAUUGCAGAGCCAAGUGGGGACUAAAACAUACAAACAGUUGGUAGCUGGAAGCAGCACUAAGAAGCAAGGCUGUAGACCACCUGUCCAAAAUGCAUGUGUUGCAGAUAAGCACAGGCCCCUGGAAAUGUCAGCCAAGGUCCGGGUGCCGUUUUUGCGUCAGGUCGUCCCCAUCAGUAAGAAGGUGGCCCGGGACCCCCGCUUUGACGAUUUGUCAGGGGAAUAUAAGCCUGAAGUGUUUGACAAAACGUAUCAAUUCCUGAAUGACAUCCGGGCCAAAGAGAAACAGCUUGUGAAAAAGCAGUUGAAGAAGCACCGUUCAGGGGAGAAGCAUGAGCAGCUGCAGCAGCUACUUCAGCGAAUGGAGCAGCAAGAAAUGGCCCAGCAGGAACGAAAGCGGCAGCAGGAGCUGCGCCUGGCUCUGAAGCAGGAGCGGCGGGCUCAGGCCCAGCAGGGCCAUCGUCCGUACUUCCUGAAGAAAUCUGAACAGCGCCAGUUGGUCCUAGCUGAGAAGUUCAAGGAACUGAAACGCAGCAAGAAGCUAGACAGCUUCUUGAGUCGAAAAAGGCGCCGAAACGCAGGCAAAGACAGGCGACAUCUCCCUUUGAAUAAAGACUAGUACGGAACUGACCUCAGCUCUGCCACUGCCCCAGUGAGAAAUGGAUCUGUGGGUCAGACUCGGGCUUGGCCUGUUCUGGAUCUUUCCCGUUCAAGGACAAGGAUCACAGCUGCCCUUGAACUGAUUGGCUCAGCCAGGACUAGAGGGCUCUCGGGCUGCCCCAGGAAUGGACAAGCACAGCUCAGCCUCCUGCCAUGCCGCACUCCUCUGCUCGGAUCUGGUUCAUCCUGUACUCGUGUCCUCCCAGCCUGGCCUUAAACCAGGGGUGGGGAACCUUUUUUCUGCCAAGGGCCAUUUGUAUAUUUAUAACAUCAUUCGU